AACAACAUAGAAAAGAGAGAACAUAUACAAAAUGAAGAUGUCUAACUCAAUAGCAUCCUUUGUUCUGCUGCUCAUUCUCAUUUCAACAAAUUGUUUGUGUUCAGCACAACAGUGUCGUCCAAGUGGGAGAAUCAUGGGAAAGAAGCCUCCUCCUGGAGAAUGCAACAAAGAGAAUGAUUCAGAUUGUUGUGUGCAAGGCAAGGCGUACACAACAUACAAGUGUUCGCCAGCAGUUUCAAGGCACACAAAGGCUGAACUCACUCUGAAUAGUUUUGAAAAGGGUGGAGAUGGAGGUGGCCCUUCAGAAUGUGACAACCAGUACCAUUCCGAUGACACACCGGUAGUCGCACUCUCCACCGGAUGGUUCAACGACAGGAGUAGGUGCCUCCACAACAUCACCAUCAGUGGAAAUGGCAAAAGCGUGGUGGCUAUGGUGGUCGACGAGUGUGACUCAACCAUGGGAUGUGAUGAAGACCAUGAUUAUCAACCACCUUGUUCCAACAACAUUGUUGAUGCCUCCAAGGCUGUCUGGAAAGCCUUAGGUGUGCCUCACAAUCAGUGGGGUGGAUUAGAAAUUACAUGGUCUGAUAACUGCAGGCCAAGUGGAAGGCUAAGGGGAAAAAAGCCUCCUUCAGGAAAAUGCAACAGAGAGAAUGAGUCUGAGUGUUGCAAAAAGGGAAAAGUUUACCACACAUUCAAGUGUUCCCCACCUAUCUCUCAUCACACAAAAGCAAUUCUAACACUAAAUAGCUUUGAGAAAGGUGGAGAUGGAGGUGGCCCUUCAGAGUGUGACAACAAGUUUUACUCAGACAACACUCCAGUAGUGGCAUUAUCAACUGGAUGGUUCAAUGACAAAAAGAGGUGUCAUAACAAUAUCACAAUCUUUGGAAAGGGAAGAAGGGUCCAUGCCAUGGUGGUUGAUGAGUGUGAUUCCAAAAGAGGGUGUGAUGCUGAGCAUGAUUUUCUGCCUCCAUGCCCCAACAAUGUUGUUGAUGCCUCUAAGGCUGUUUGGAAGGCUUUGGGUGUGCCAAAACGUGACUGGGGUGAAUCAGACAUACACUGGUCCGAUGCAUGAUACACAAUUAGAUGUAAAGUAAAGCUUAAUAACUUAAUAAGGAUGUGAUCAUACAUCUCUGUCACGCAAGAGAAGACUACUUGUACAAUAAUAAGGGGGGACCUCAAACCCAGACAUAAAAAAAAAGUGUUGAAUCUUGUGUUGAUUCAAUCUUAUGUGUUUCGAGUUUACAUUAAUAAAUUUGUCCUUGUUGUUUUA